GGGGACCCACCCUCCUUCCCUUUCUGGUUGGCAGCUCCACAUCUGGGGGAAUGUAGAGAUCUAUGCUUUUGGAAGGAGGGGCAAUUUAAAUUAAGAAGUGGUUACGCAUGAGUCUCGAAUCUUAGCUUCCCCACAAGGUCUGGGACAAGUGAAGAGAGGUUUCUUUUCUGGACCUCAGUUUCUCAUCUGUAAAAUGGGCAACUCAGCUGCCCAAGCAUCUUUGGGAGGCUGCAGUGUGCAGGGGGUAGCGCCCUGGACCCUGGAGGCCUGGGUUUGAGUCCCAGCUUGCCCACUGGCCUGCUGUAGAACCUCAAGCAGACUCCUCUUACGCAGUAUUCGGUUUCCCCACCAUCAACUGGAACCAUCCUGGAAGUCAGGGCCAGAGCCAGUUCUUGGAGGAGACUCUGCACAGGGCAUGGAUCACUGUGGUGCCCUUUUCCUGUGCCUGUGCCUUCUCACUUUGCAGAAUGCAACAGCAGAGACAUGGAAAGAACUCCUGAGCUACAUGGAGAAUAUGCAGGUGUCCAGGGGUCGGAGCUCGUUUUUUUCCUCUCGUCAACUCUACCAUCUGGAGCAGAUGCUACUGAACACCAGCUUCCCAGGCUACAACUUGACCUUGCAGACACCCACCAUCCAGUCUCUGGCCUUCAAGCUGAGCUGCGACUUCUCUGGCCUCUCGCUGACCAGUGCCACUCUGAAGCGGGUGCCCCAGGCUGGAGGUCAGCAUGCCCGGGGUCAGCAUGCCAUGCAGUUCCCUGCCGAGCUGACCUGGGACGCCUGCAAGACCCGCCCCAGGGAGCUGCGGCUCAUCUGUAUUUACUUCUCCAACACCCACUUUUUCAAGGAUGAAAACAACUCAUCUCUGCUCAACAACUACGUCCUGGGGGCCCAGCUGAGUCAUGGGCACGUGAACAACCUCAGGGAUCCGGUGAACAUCAGCUUCUGGCACAACCAAAGCCUGGAAGGCUAUAAUCUGACCUGUGUCUUCUGGAAGGAGGGAGCCAGGAAACAGCCCUGGGGGGGCUGGAGCCCUGAGGGCUGUCGUACAGAGCAGCCCUCCCGCUUUCAGGUGCUCUGCCGCUGCAACCACCUCACCUACUUUGCUGUUCUCAUGCAACUCUCCCCGGCCCUGGUCCCUGCAGAGUUGCUGGCACCUCUUACGUACAUCUCCCUCGUGGGCUGCAGCAUCUCCAUUGUGGCUUCGCUGAUCACAGUCCUGCUGCACUUCCGUUUCAGGAAGCAGAGUGACUCCUUAACACGCAUCCACAUGAACCUGCAUGCCUCUGUGCUGCUCCUGAACAUUGCCUUCCUGCUGAGCCCCGCAUUCGCAAUGUCUCCUGUGCCCGGGUCAGCAUGCACGGCUCUGGCCGCUGCCCUGCACUAUGCGCUGCUCAGCUGCCUCACCUGGAUGGCCAUCGAGGGCUUCAACCUCUGCCUCCUCCUUGGGCGCGUCUACAACAUCUACAUCCGCAGAUAUGUGCUCAAGCUUGGUGUGCUAGGCUGGGCCCCAGGGACCGAGGGCCAGCCCUCUCCCACAUCUCCUGAGCCUUCGUCCCACCUCUCAGGGGCCCCAGCCCUCCUGGUGCUGCUUUCCCUCUCUGUCAAGAGCUCGGUAUACGGACCCUGCACGAUCCCCGUCUUCGACAGCUGGGAGAAUGGCACAGCCUUCCAGAACAUGUCCAUAUGCUGGGUGCGGAGCCCCGUGGUGCACAGUGUCCUGGUCAUGGGCUACGGCGGCCUCACGUCCCUCUUCAACCUGGUGGUGCUGGCCUGGGCACUGUGGACCCUGCGCAGGCUGCGGGCGCGGGUGGAUGCACCGAGUUCCAGGGCCUGCCAUGACACUGUCACUGUGCUGGGCCUCACCGUGCUGCUGGGAACCACCUGGGCUUUGGCCUUCUUUUCUUUUGGCGUCUUCCUGCUGCCCCAGCUGUUCCUCUUCACCAUCUUAAACUCGCUCUACGGUUUCUUCCUUUUCCUGUGGUUCUGCUCCCAGCGGUGCCGCUCAGAAGCAGAGGCCAAGGCACAGAUAGAGGCCUUCAGCUCCUCCCAGACAACGCCGUAGUCUGGGCCUCCUGGCCUGGAACCCUCAGCCUCCCUGGCUGCCAGUAGCCUGAGGCUACAGCUCCCGCUAGAGAGGGUGGCAGGCCUGCUACUGGACCCCAGAGGCCACUGUGACUGCCAAGGGGUCUUUUGCACUUCCACGGCCUCUCCAGGCACUGAGGGGAAGGCAUUGCUCUACCUCUCCCUGACAUUUUGCUCCGGGGCAGAUCCAACCUUACCUGGGGCAGCAAACUGUCCUGGUACCUGGGCCCAGCUCACCAGGGAUGUGGGCAGAGCACCAGCCUGGGCAUCAGGAGGCCGAGUUUCAAGGACUGUCUCUGAGUCUGUCUGUAUGACCUUGGGCCUGCCACUUCUCACAGACCCUAGGUAUCCAUAGCUGUGACAUGGGGGCAAGCGGCCUUGUUCCAGCCUAACCCAGGAGCUUAGUAAAAAUUGCAUGAGACCAGGGGGAAGAGUGUCAGCGUGGGGUGGGAAUUCCCGCGGCCUCCACCUGCUUGCUAGGGGCAGGAUCUCAUCCAGGCUGCCCUGGAAGCACCUGCUUGGCCCUGCCACCUUCCUCCGGGGGAGGGCCAGAUGGCAUCCUGGCUUGGGGUGGGUGGGACCUACCCAGGCUCUGAGACUUUACUGGCCUAUGCCUGAGGCCUCUUUUCUUUUAACUCCCUAAAUUAUGAUGACUCCAAGUCCAAGCCCACCCUUCCCAAAGUUUGGGAGGUUCCGCCGUUCCCAGAGGCUCCUCCUGCGGUGCUCCCAAGACUUCCAUAGACCAUUUGGACCAGUAGCCCAUCCCACAGUUUUCUUGGGGGCAGAGGAAAACACUUCUUUCUCCUCCAGCUGAAUCAGCUGGAUCCCAGUGACCUGGCUGUUUGGUGAUUGGGCAGGAUUGAAUUUGCGCAGGUAGGCGUGAGAGUGUGGGUUUUAAAUUCGAAGCUCAGGCCAUAGUUGCAGAGAAUCACCCUUUACACCAGACCUUCAUGAGACAGUGCUCAUGAAGCCAGUGCGUUUCCCAGGACGAACACUAGGGAGCACCGCUGGUCCACACUCAGAGGCCCUUGGCGCCAAGACUGCAUCUAGAAUCACUCAAACACCUGUUUGCAGACCCCAUGCACCAGCUGGAGAGGCCGUAACUGCAGGACUGCGCCUACUGAGUGACCCAUUUCCUCCAGGAGGAAAGGCAAGACACGUUUACACAGCCAUUUGUCUCUUUUCCCAAUGCGGCGGUGCGCUGUCGCUCUUGGGGGCUGCACCCCAGACAUAGCUGGCACCAGAGCAGGGCUGGGAUGGGUGCUCAGGGCCCUGCCCCAAGCCAUUGGGCAGUUUUGAUGACGUCGAAGGUCACAGGCAGAAAAUCGGAGCAGGAUUUCCCCUGGGGAAAAGUUCUCCCGGGACAUCUUCUGCUCUUCUGUACAUUUCUAGAUGCAAAUAACUCCUUCACCAGGCAGGGAGUGGCGUAGGCUCUGGAGCCAGGCUGCCUGGGCUCCAAUGCCAGCUCUGUCACUUGCUAGCUGUGAGACUGUGGACAAACCACUCAGCCUCUGUGUGCCUCAGUUUUCCUAUUUGUAAAAUAGAGGCCAUAGUGGUACCUAUUUUGAAGACUAAGUAAAAGAAUUCAAAUAAAGAGACUUGGCACAGAGUAAGUGCUCAGUAAAUGGUUACUGGUAUUCUCAUUAGUAUUUUUGCUAUUAUUAUUAACAGUGUUAACUGAGUUUCAGAGGCCAGCCUGUCUAAGCCCCAGGCCCAGCUCUGCUCAACCUUGUAGGCACAACCCCUUCUUAGGCACAUCUCACCAUGCCUCAGUUUCUUUCCCCAGAGGGGUCUCUAUUCCCACCUCGCUGACUUUCUGCUGUUCUAGGAAUAGUCCCCACACAGUGCAGCCUCCAGGCCAUGCCACAUGUCCCCUGACCUCCCAGUUCCCCAAUCUUCCGGUCU